GGACAGGGGUGGGCAGGGAGAGGUAGGGGCACUCAGAGAUCCAGCAGGUGCUACACCAUGAGUGUCUCUGUGCUGAGCCCCAGCAGACUCCUGGGUGGUGUCUCCGGGAUCCUCCAAGUGGCCUCCCUGCUCAUUCUGCUUCUGCUGCUGAUCAAGGCUGCUCAGCUCUACCUGCACAGGCAGUGGCUGCUCAAAGCCUUCCAGCAGUUCCCGUGCCCUCCCUCCCACUGGCUCUUCGGGCACUUCCAGAAGUUCCAACAGGACCAGGAGCUACAAAGGAUUCGGAAAUGGGUGGAGAUGUUCCCAAGUGCCUGUCCUCUUUGGCUAUGGGGAGGCAAAGCUCGUGUCCAGCUCCAUGACCCUGACUAUAUGAAGGUGAUUCUGGGGAGAUCAGACCCGAAAUCCCAAGAUCCCUACAGAUUCCUGGCUCCAUGGAUUGGGUACGGCUUGCUCCUGUUGAAUGGACAGACCUGGUUCCAGCACCGACGGAUGCUGACCCCAGCCUUCCACUAUGACAUCCUGAAGCCCUACGUGGGGCUCAUGGCAGACUCUGUACGAGUGAUGCUGGACAAAUGGGAAAAGCUCCUUGGCCAGGAUUCCCCUCUGGAGGUCUUU